AUGCCAACUAUUUUGGACCGCCUGUCCCGACCGACUGCUGUCUCAACUUCCUCAAUCCCUGUCUUCGCCUCAGUUACUGCAUCAAGUCAGCCAAUCGUCCGCAUGGCCUCAGCCAGACCUCAGCGAGUCUUAUCCAGACCGACGGGUGGCCGUCCAGUAAGUGGCAGGCCCUCUACUGUCGACAGGGAACAAGUGGUUAAAACACGAAUAGUGAAGUCUCUUGACUCAAAAGGUGACACUUUGGAUGCCAUGAGGCUCACUGGCAGUUCGGCAUCUGAAGCAGAGGCCAGUUCAACCGUUGAGCAAGUAGAAGCUGUGCCUGUCCAGUCGAAAUCAACAGAUCACGAAGCCCAAUGGCCGCCUGAAAGCCAGCUCAAGCUCACUACAUCCGACCGGGGAGAGCUGACCGCCUGGGAGAGAUGGAUUCUGGCGAAGGAAAAAGAGCGUAGAAAGCUAGUGGCUAGAGCUCAGAUUGAAAGGGCAAGUAUUCAAAACAUUUGUAAAUCAGAUUCGUAG